CGCUCAACGUAGCCGGAAGCGGGUGACCGCCGGCCAUCGGGCGCCGCGUCGUGGUCCCGGAGCCGGCCCGCCCGCCAGAGCCAUGGCCAGCCCCAGGACCCGGAAGGUUCUCAAGGAAGUCAGGGUACAGGAUGAGAACAAUGUCUGUUUCGAGUGUGGCGCGUUCAACCCCCAGUGGGCCAGCGUGACCUACGGCGUCUGGAUCUGCCUGGAGUGCUCAGGGAGACACCGCGGGCUGGGUGUGCACCUCAGCUUUGUGCGCUCCGUGACGAUGGACAAGUGGAAAGAGGUUGAGCUGGAGAAGAUGAAGGUUGGUGGCAAUGCCAAGUUCCGGGAGUUCCUGGAGUCACAGGAAGACUACGACCCCAGCUGGUCCCUGCAGGACAAGUACAACAGCAGGGCUGCAGCCCUGUUCCGGGACAAGGUGGCAACUCUGGCUGAAGGCAGAGCAUGGUCCCUGGAGUCAUCGCCUGCCCAAAAUUGGACCCCACCGCAGCCCAGGACACCUUCAGCCUCUUCCUGCCGGGCCUCUGGGCAGCCUCAGAACGUGGGCGCCUCCUCAGAGAAGGCCUUCGAGGACUGGCUCAACGAUGACCUCGGCUCCUGUCAUGGGGCCCCAGAGAACCGCUAUGUGGGAUUUGGGAACACGGUGCCACCCCUGAAGAGAGAGGAUGACUUCCUCCACAGCGCCAUGUCCUCCCUUUACUCGGGCUGGAGCAGUUUCACCACCGGAGCGAGCAAGUUUGCCUCAGCAGCUAAGGAGGGUGCUACCAAGUUUGGAUCCCAAGCAAGUCAGAAGGCCUCGGAGCUGGGUCACAGCCUGAAUGAGAAUAUUCUCCGACCUGCGCAGGAGAAGGUCAAGGAGGGCAGACUGCUUGAGGACAUGUCCACUGGGGUCUCUCAGUUGGCGUCCAAGGUGCAGGGCGCCGGCAGCAAGGGCUGGCGGGAUGUUACCACCUUCUUCUCGGGGAAGGCGGAGGACUCCUCAGAGAGCGUUCCUGUGGGCCCCGGUGCCCGGGACGGUGGUGGCGAUAGCCUCCAGAGUAGCAGCGCCCUGGACCAGAACUUCUGGGAGAGCUUCGGGAGCCCCGAGCCCCCCAAGGCCGCGUCCCCAAGCAGCGACAGCUGGACCUGCGCCGAUGCCUCCACCGAGAAGCGGAGCUCAGACAGCUGGGAUGUGUGGGGUUCGUCCAACCGCAACAGCAACAGUGAUGGCUGGGAGAGCUGGGAGGGCACCGGCAGUGAGGCCAGGGUCAAGGCUGCCAAGAAGGCCACACCCCUGGCCCCUGCUGAUGAGGACUGGGACAACCAGAACUGGUAGGGCCCGCUGUGCCAGCCCUCUGCUACAGUGACCACCACAGCUGCCCUUGCUCCUCAUUCCUCCUGCUUGGCUGAGAGCAGCCAUGGAGUGAAGAUGGCACCUUGGGGCCAGCCCGCCUGCCUGGCAUGGAGCGCCUGGCGCGUGGGGCAGGUGUGGGAGCCCAGGGCCUGGGGGUCAGUGCGUGAUGCCACCAGGACCCUCCUGCCAGCGCCCUCUGCACAGGCACUUGGGGCGGGCAGGCAGGCGGGAGUGCAAGUGUUCGUGUCAUUGAAAUGUUUUUAACUCA